AUGGCAUGCGAUGAGAGUGUAUCUGAUACCCAACCAGCUACAACCGCUCAACCUUUGCCAACAACACCAGUGCGCAUCCCUUUUGAAAAUCUGCCAUUUUCCCCUUCGCAGGUGAUUUGAGCCAUUUAAUAUCCGACGUGCUUAUAUUCAGAUUUUAAUUUUUAGAUUCCGUAUUGUUGUAGACACUUGAAGAAAUCGACACAUUUAUUCCUCAGUUCCUGAAUAGUCCAAGUCAUUCUUCUCGUGGCAAACUGACCUCUACUCCAAUGUCCAGUCAGGCAUCUUAUGGUCACUCUCACAGCAAUGGGUAAGUUGUGGCCUAGUUUCAUAAGUCAAGAACCUUACAAGAACAAGUUAAUUUAUCAAAUGGAUUUUAACUUAAUUUUUUUUUUUGCAUGUACUUUUGGUUUUUCAGUGGUAGGGAGUCCUCACCUAGGACACCAACUCCAUUCAAACAUGCCAUUGCUGAAGUAGAGAGGAGAGCACAGAGCAAAACAUGGGUGAGUGCUUGUCUGCACUAGUAAUCACUAAUAGAUUUAACAUUUUAUUUUAUUCAGUUGAUUGAAAGAAAUGAUUUUAUGCUUCACCGGGGCCAAAAUGGGAUUUGUAUUACCGAGGCACUAUAUAAAGCUUAUUUUCUUGCAAAUGGACAAUUUCUUUCAAUUUUCCGUUUUGCUUCAGAAAGUCUCAUACUGUCACCUAGCUCCAUAUGAAGCAUAAACAAACUAUUAAUCGGAGUAACAUAAAUUAUACAAAUCAUGGAAAUUGAAGAAUGGGAAGAAAAUGUGUGCUUUCUACCCAAUACUGGCGCUUUAUGAAUUCAUUAUUGACAAUUUUUCUGCACUUAUUAGCAUCAUCAAAAUUUAUGUUUUUAAAUCUUUGUGGAAUUUUUCAAUACUAAAGCAUCUUUUUCCCAGCGAUAGUCAUCAGGCCAAAAACCCCAAAAAUUGUUUCUGUAAAAUAUGAAUUGAUAAAUUAUGUAUUUUAUCCAUUAAUAGAGUCCCAGUGACCUUGAUGACCUUGGUGAAGUGCUUAAGGAUUGUGAUGCUGGUUAUGAAGCUGAUAUUUCAUCUGGUUUACAUCCAACAUCACAGACAAGGCUCUCAAAGCGAAAACCAAAUAAGGAGGUAGAUCAUGUCAGUUUAAUUCACAACUUUGAUUGUGAUUUUUUACAUUCUUCAUUUUCCUUUUAACUGUUUCAUAUUAUAAUGCUUCUAGUGGAUUUAGUUUCAAGAGUCAAUUUGUAUUUAAAAAAAUUUAGUGUUAUUAAUGAAGGACUGUGUUCAAGCUGUGUGAACGCAAUAGUGGAACAAGGUACGUGGAAGCUUGAAAUAUAAAGUCUGGACAAUAAAAGGAGAAUGUUUUGGGUAAGUGCCUUCUUCAACAGACAGGACCAAAAAAAGAAAAUUGUCAGUUCAAAUCUUAUUUUUCACAAUAAUGAUACAUAAAUUUGAUUACUUGAUGUAAUCUUUUGGAUAGAUCACAUAUUUUGGUUAUGGAAAACCCAACUUCCAACAACAACAUGUUGCAUUCAUGUCGAACUCCAAACACACUUCCAAGUUUUUUAACCGUUUUUUUAUUUCUUACUGUUUCCUCUUUUGUCCUGUCUGGUGAAGAAGGCUCUUAGCGAAAAUGUUCUGCUUUAAUUUCCUGUCUUUAUAUUUCUAGCUUCCACAUACCUUGUUCCACUAUUUCCUUAAAAAAUGUAUUGUGUUGUUAAAUUAAGAAUAUAAGUUAUUUCUAAAUCUAGCUUAAUUUUCAGAAUCAAAACGUUUGAAUUUACUUAAUUCUUUUUUUAUAAAUCUCUGUAAGUCUUAGCUCCUCAUCAACAUCUCAAAGCCUAAAUCUCAACUUGAAACCAAACAAUUUUGAGAAUUACCAAAACAAAAUUGCCCACCAGAAGCAUUUUUUUAAACGUUUGUUUUCUCCCUUAUUUAUAAAGGUGUUUAAAAAUUUUUUGAAAACUCUGAAUCCAAAACAGAAAUGCUAAUAGAUUUUGUCUUCGUUAUUUUCUAAAAAUUAAUAUAUUAAAUUUUAUUUUGGUUUUUAUUUCAAUUAAAAGAAGUUUGACUUUCAGAAAUUUGAAAUUAUGUAUUUCAUGUAACUGUUAAAAUUUCAGGUUUUCUGUAGCUUAUAUAUAUAUUGGAUUUAAAAGUAAUUUUUCAAAGUGGAUUAUGUAACCAUAUAGUUUAUACUGACUACUAUAUUUCAUAAUGUUUGCUUGUUAAAUCUUUUUUUAGUAGGGUAUAAUGGUUAUAAUAUUUUAAAUUUUAUAUUUUUGCAAUGUAUUUUAGCACAUCCAACACAAUCGCCGAGUGAGACAGUCCCUGGAAAAUAAAUUAGCUCAAGAACAUGACUCAACCACAGAAUCGUUAUUCCACUCACCAGAGACGCCUGUAAGAUUUUAGACCUAUGAUUACAUUCCAGUAGCUGUAUGUUUUAAUAUAUAUAAUUAUUGAAUAUACUUGUUAUGAGCCCAUUGUUUCAAAAGCAGACACCCAUAAAAUAAUGCCAGUAGCACCAAUAGGAUACUUGACUCUUUCCAUGCCAAGGGGUUUUCCACGUUUGUGCCAGACCGGUUUUCGGCCAAUGGAAAUAUUUUAGGGUGCUCUUAUCAAUUAUUGAAUUUUAGGGGUAUCUUUUUUGUAAACAAGCUAGCUGUAUUUCAUAUCAAAAUAAAGGAAUUGGAACAGAGAGUAAUAAUAUGUAAAAGAUAAAACAAUAAGCCAAAAAUAGUUUAAUUUUAUUAGUAAUAUUCUGAGAUGAAAUUUUUAUAUUUUUUUUUAAAUGCACACCAAAUCUGAACUUAUCAGACUACUAUAUGGUCUGUGUAGCUGAUAUCCUAAUUCUGUUAAAAAUCAUCAGAAAGUAUAUCCAUUUUUUAUCAGAAUGCAUUUUUCAUUUUGAAAAUAUUUCAUUUAGUGACAGAGUUACACACAUUUGUGUAACAUUAAUGUCAACAGAAGAAGACAUUUACUUUGCAUAUGUAUAUAUACAUAAAUGUCAAACACAUUAUUUACAAAAUAUUUACUUUAGAACAAAUUUCUUUCUGUGUGGCCCUUUCUGAAGCACUUCUUAACACACAGAUGAGGUCUUCCUGAGCAUCUGAUGCACACAUAGCUGCAGAGUUUGGUUAUUUUGUGCACUAAACAGUAUGCACACUGUCAAUCAUGCCCAUCACAGUCAAUCAGGUGCUUAUUUUCACUGAGACGCCUCUCUGCACUGUCGAUGGGCUUUUCCCCUGGCUUUGAUAGGGUGGACUCUAGGGGAAUGAGUAUAUCAGGGUCCUGAAAUUAUUCUUCCUGAAUCUUUUCUGCCUAAUUUCCAACUUCUCCUUGCAGCAACGGGAGUAGUAUUAUUUGAAUCCUCUUAGUAAAAUAGUGGUCUUGAAAAAUUCAUAUCUUUUGAGCGACUUGAACUAGAACAUUGAUCUCUACUGUGUUCUUUUCUUUGUUAUAUUUUCAUUUCUAUUGUUGGCUGAUGAAGGCUUUAUGCCGAAACGUCCUUGUUUUUUGUCCUGUUACCUUAUUUCAAGCUUCCACAUACCUCGUUUCACUAUUUCAAACAUUGAUCUUGGUGUUUUUGUAAUCCAUUCUUUUGGCUCUAUAAGCUGUGGUGUUUUUUAUAUUUUAAAAAAAAAUUGGAAUUUUUACCAAAGUGCCAACAGUCACCACUAUUACUAUCACUUUCGCCAUUCUAUUAAUUACUAUUUCCAUUUGGCAUUUACCGACCCAUCAGAAAGAUAAAUAGCAUCACUGGAAUCAGAUUCAAAUGAUUCAUGGUUAUAGUCAGAUGUUUAAGCAUUAAUAAUUUGCAAUAAAAGCUCUUUUCGGAAACUUGACCACCUAACAUGGUCUUACAACAGUUGAUGUCCUUGGAGCAGGCGUGGCCAGUCUUUUGUUUACCGCACAACAGUUUCAUCACAAAUCGGAAAAAAAGAUUAUUAGAAAAAAAAUAUGUAAAGAAACACUUCUUCUUACAGAAAGGAAGUAGGAAGAGUUAUCCUUCGUUUAGAACAUAAAAAGUCGGAUUAAUAGCCGCAGGCAACAAAAUAGACAACUGAAAUUAUUUCAAUGAUAUAUUGUGGGUUGGCACAAACGCGACCAGUCAAAUCGACGAUAUAUCAUGGAUUGGCAUGGGAAGAGUUAAAGAAAGUAAUAUUUUUUUAAUCCAUGCUUUUAAGAGUAAUUAUUUUAUAAGUAAAAAAACUUUAAAAAACUAAUAAAUAUAGGUACUUAAAAUUAAAAAAAAGUUAAAAAGUUAAAAUUUCAAGAAUUUAUGCAAGUACCGGUUAUACAGUAUUUAGGUAUAUAUAUAAAGUCUAUUCUUAUUGUUAGUUUUUCUGUUGAAAUCAAUAAAGACCAUUUUAAUGAUCUGAUACUGGCUGGCUCUGAUUCUGUCUGUGGGUACCCAGAUGGCUAAUAUAAGACUGAUUCUGGCACUAAAUGUUCUUCUGCAUGUUCAAGGGAUUAAUAUAUAGUCUAUAUAAGGCAAAGCAUUGGUUUAAAAAAAAAACAACUGCUUAGGGCCUACCUAUUUUGAACUUUCAAUUAAUUAAUUAAAGAUUUCCCAGAUAAUAAUAAUGUUUGCACAUGACAAAGUUACCUUUUUUUCAAAAGUUCUGUUUAUCAGGAGUAUCUAAAUAAAUAUUUUAUAAUUGGUGCAUUGAUGAUUUGUGAUCGGUUGUCAUGUAAAACAAGAAGAUUCCCUGCCCUAACUAUUGUAAGAGAUUUGAAAUUAUAAGUUUGAUUUAGUUUAUAGUAAACAAAUAAUUCUCACUGCUUAGAAAUGAGAGAAAUUAUUAUCUUGAAUUGAAACCAUCAUUCCAAAAAUAUAUGUGGAUUGUGGCAAUCAAUAUUUUAUAAAUAACUUAAGAGAGUCUUAUUUAAAAUGGCAGCAGAACAAGAGUUGGACCUUCCUAGUUUAAAUUGAAAUUAAAAUAAAGUCGAACCCGCUUAUCUCAGUUAUCUCACCAACCCUGUUAGGUGGACGUUUUUGAAGUAAAACCGCCAAAUUCUAUCUUUGUCUCAGCAUUAUCUCUUCGGUUAUGUCGAUUCUUUUAUGUCACCGAACCCUGAUAUCCCGAGCACAAAAGGCGGCCAAAUUUGCCACUUUAUGUCAGUUAUCUUGAUCCGCCGACUGAGAACCGGCUUUUGAACUUUGCAAGAAAAAAUAGCAAACAACAAAUAAACAAGUUUUGCAUAAUUAAAAAUAAUAUUUUUAUUUCUCAAAAUACAGUAGUGAAAGAAUCCCUAAGUUCAUUGUCACUUCCUUAUGUUGACAAAAGAAACUUAGAUCUCCAAUAAUCUCCAUAUGACCCUGUGACCUACCGGCAUUGACCGGGUUUAUGGUCUGUUUCCCGCAUUCGAAUAAUCUAUCGGCGCGCGCCACUAUGUGAAGUACCUAAUAUUAUAGACCUAUUUUAUUUAAUAUAACUUACAUUUUUAUAACAUUCGUUAAUAGAAAGUAGGUCUACUAAGUAAGGGCCUAAGCAAGCUGUCCUAACUCUAAGACUAAAAUGUGUACUCCACAAAUAAAGUAUUUAAAAUAUUAAUAUUAUAAUCAUUUACAGGAUACAGUCUAAUCAGUCAGUCUAAAUCUAAUAUUAAGUAAUCUAGACCUAGUCUAGGCCUAAAACAUAUUAUGCUUAGGCCAUAUAGCCUAUUAAUUAUUACUGACUUAAAUUAUUAAAUUAGGCAUGGCCUAAAAUUUAGGCUUUUUUUAGUGUAUUAGACUCAUUCUCAUUUAUUAACGCACAUCAUGUACAUAAAGAAAUUUCAAGCAAAUUUUAAUGUAAUGUGGUUUUCGUUUAUCUCGAUCAUCGGUUAUCUCGACGCUCUAUGGCAAACCCCUAGGCCGUCGACAUAGCCGGGUUCUACUGUACACCUUUGAUUACCUAUUGCUUUGGGUAUAAAUUAUACAAAAUAAACAUGUUAUGGCAGUGACAGCUUAUUGUCCAUCCCAUUGAUCAUCUUGUUUAUUUCUGGUAGAGCAAGUCACUGGCAGGAGAUACAAGUUUGCUGCUUUCCCCACCAUCAAUAAUAAAAGAGACACUUCCUGAGGAAGUUUUAGAAGAGGUCUUCAACCUUCCACAGAAGGUACAAGGCAGUACAAUACAAGUAAUACAUUUUUUCUUGAAGCUAUAUUACCAUAUAUUACAAAUGUUUUUGUUGCUGUUAACUCAUAUACUGCUUUCUAACAGAUUGGAAUGCUUUUGUUUUACUAAUAAUUCAUUUGUUAAAGGAGGACAUGUUAUUUUGUGUCAUAUGAUAAGAUCAUAGUUUCAUGAUGCCAGGCAUCACUUUUAUUCCUCUAGACUUCCCAGCUCUUGUGAUGUUCCUUAGAUUCUGGCCACCCCAAUUCAGUACUUGAAAGAUUAAAAAAAAAUAGUGGUUGUUUCAAAUAUUUAACUCGUUUACUAACAGGAGAUGUUAACAGUGGCUCUGGAAUACAAACUUGGGGCCAGAACUUGCUCAUGGUGCAAAGCAGUUCAUUCAUAAAUGUUUUUAAAAAAUAUUGUUUUAUCCAAAACCUAAGUUAUUAUAGGAUAGUAAAAAUUUAAGAUUCUCCACAUAGAUUUUAAAUAUAAGUCGUAUUUUUUAAUUUUUUUUUACAUUGAUACAGGCAUUCUUUUUUUCUACACAAGCUUCCAUUAGAAUAAGAGCUAUUUGUUGGUGGGGAAAAUGUUUAGACCACUAUUUCCCAAUGUGGGGCCCACGCCCCACAGGGGGGCAGUUUGGUUGUUGAGGGGGCAAUGCAAAAAAUGAGCUGUCUAGAUUUUGAAAGGAGAAAACCAACCGUGGACUAUGAUUUAACUUGUAUUUUAAAAGGAGAAUCGUAAAGUAUCAAUUUAAAAUAAGCAUUCAAGUGUUGUAAAAAUCAUUUAAGUUUCUUCAGUGAAAAACCCUAUUUUUGAAUAUUAAAAAUUAUGUAUUUGAUACAUGAGGGGUGUUUUAGAAAGGCUUUGCUGGGGCAUGACACAAAAAAGGUUGGGAAACACUCGUUUAGACCAUUUUUUUAACCAACUUUCCUUUAGCAGGAUAGCUGAAAUAAUUUGUGUAAAGUUCACUCAUUUUGCCUUAAAAAUAAAUCAUUAAAAUAUGGUUUUAAAAUUUUAGAAGUUAUUGGUACUGAUACAAUUCUACAAACCUUGAGCUGUAUUUUAGAACUAAAUGUAAGUCUAAAGGGAAUAGCAACCCAGUCAUUGUCCCAGUAUUAUUAUUUUAGAUGGACAUGUCUUACUAUCCAAUCUACUAUUAGUUUUAAGCAGCAAUUAUUUUCUAGAAACUACUGAUAAUUGUUGCUUAAUUAGCAUAUUAGGCUGAAGGUACACAUAUCUUUUAUUUAGUGGUCAAAAAUUAGUUAUUUAAUAUUUAUUUAUUUAUUAUUUUUUUUUAAUUUAAAAAGUUAUUUUGUCUGAAAAUUUGAAUGACCAUAUUCAGUUACCUGACAGAUUGUUAUCUGAUCUCUCUUUUUCAUUUAUUGCAUCUUUGACUUAGAAAUGUAAGAAUUUUUUUUUUAAAUCCUUUUUUCAUUGACUUGGCUUUUGAGGUUAUAGCUUAUUGUUGGAUGUAAAAAAUUUAAAGAAUUACAGCUCUUCUUGCUCGUAAUUUAUGUCCAGGGUACCCUAAAAUCUAAACAGCACAAUUAUUACUUUCUUAUCAAUUAAUUAAACACAUUUGAGAAGUGGUUCAAUAUCUUUUUAUGAAAAAUUGAACUUAGUCUAUGUGUACAGGUUUUCUUUCCCCACAGGCUCUUAUGGACUUAACCCAAUAUCUAAAUAGAACAAUUAUUAUUGCUUUCUAUUUAUCCACCUAAUUCUUUAUUUUUAAAAUCGGAAAUUCAAAAAGCUUUAUUCUGUACUGGUGAUGGCUUAGGUCCUAUUGGUCUAUUGUAAAUGGCUCAUAAAUCGGCUAUCAAACAUGUUGGGACCGAAUAAAAGCUUAACCAUUUUAUGAUUUUUUUUAAUACCAGGUUUGGCAAUAUGUCAGCUAUUUUAUAUCAAGAAAAAGCAACACCCUCUUUCCAUAUUUUUGGAAUGGAAAAUUCAAAACUCGCCGAUAUGCACGUCAUAUUAAUAUUACAAUUAUUAAAGUCUUUAAAUUUGGCUCUAGUUAGAAUCUCAAAAAAAAUUAUUAAUGUAAAUUUUUUAUUUUUUCCUCACAAAACAUAGCUCUUGGUUUUUUAACUAAUAAAUUAAACAACUCCUAAAAUCAAAGUUUUCAAUAUAAAUCCUUAUUAAAAUGUAAUAUAAAGCUAUGGGGAGUGGGGCUGAAAAUUUGAUAAAACAUGCAUACAAGUACGGUAACACACUUUAUAAGAAUCCCAAUGAGUCCACCCUCCAGGCUCACAACCGCACAUUUGUUUCAUGCUCCUGAACUAAUGACCCACCCCCUUUUACACCGCAGAUUUAUUUCAUCAACUAUUGUAGAAAAACAAAAGAAAAUAUUACGCACAAAACGCACUUGUGAUAUUUUUUUUAAAAAGAAUCUUAUUUAGCACAUUUAUCUGGAAAUUUCCUUCAUGUUCCCAUUGUAAAACAGGAACAGCUGAUUUGUUGGGGUUGGGCUGAAAAUUUGAUAAAUGUUUUGUCAUCGGCCAGUCUAUGUGCCAAGUUUUAUCUCAAUGGGUUGACAUCAAGUGGGUCAAUUAGCUGUCCGAAGAUUUUUUACAGACAGCCAUCCACGAACAAAAGCGAAGUUAAUAUGAAGGAUUUAAAAAUUAGUGCUGGCUAAUCUCACACAAUCUACAAUGAAUGGGAAAACCCAUUAUCAUCAUAUCAAAAACAAAAGGAUAAGAACAGAUUUUCACGAAGGUGGCAGGCGGCCUUGGUAUUUCUAGAUCUAGCUGUAGGAAACUCAUCCUAUUGAUACAAUAAAACAGAUUUUAAAAAAAAAAAAAUUAAUAUCUUGAUUUGAAAAAUGGACUUUAAUUAUGAAAAUAAUUGCAAUCAAUAAUUACUAAUACCAUGCAUUAAACAAAGCUUCUUACUAACCUUCUUUUUAUUAUAACAAGUGGAUAACAAUCUAGAGCCUAUAUACAUAAUGUUCCUUGGUUUUUCCUCUUGGUGAAUAGUCAUGUCAAACAUUAUUUUUUUUCCAAUUUUCACAAUUCCAAAGUACAUACUUCAUGGGAUAAAAAAUUUCAUUAUAGGGCACUUUACAAUACAUGUUAAUUCUUUCAGAGCGUCACUGGCUCUGUUUAUUUUGAGUUUGGUAAGUAUUGCAAAUGUGAGACAAACUCUUUUUUUUCUUCAUUUAUAUGGAUAUUGAUGUUAGUUUUUAAUUUGAUAAAUGUCAUCUUAAUAUGUUGGUCUUUUCUCAAACCUUUUACCUCUUGCCAAUUAUUUAUUCUUUGGGAUUCCUCUUUUAUGCAGAAAAUUAUAUUUUCUUAGUAUUUGUUGGGUUGUAACCAUUGUUGCUUAUCUUUGCUGUUUUUUUUUAAAAUUUAAACCAAUUUUUAAAAAAAAUUUUUUUUUUAAUUCAGCAAUUAAAAAAUUAUAUGUUUAGUGUAAUAAUGUGUGUACAUGUUUUUGUUUUUUUAAGGAACUUUUCAAGCAUUUCAAAAUAUCAAAACUUACUUUUUACAGUUCAAUGCCAAUUAGCUUCAUAUUAUGAAGACAAUUUUGAACUUAAAAUAUGUACAGUGGAACCUCUCAUAACGAGCACCUCUCAUAACGAGUAAUUCGCAUAAUGAGCAAAAAAAAAAUGUGAAGAAGUUGCUCCCUUAAAGAGCGCGAUAUUUUGCAUAACGAGUUACGCAGAAAGGGGAAGUCCCUUUUUCCUGACACACAUUUUUGAGCCGGGACUUCCGCACCGAUGCAUUAGUCCAGCGGUUCUCAAUCUGUGGGUCAUGACCCCUUUGGGGGUAGCGUAGCCCUUUCCCAGGGGUCGCCUUAGACUAUCUGAAAACACAUAUUCUUACAGCUAUGAAUAAUAAUGAAGUAGCAACGAAAAUAAUUAGGUUGCUGGGGGGUCGCCAAGACACAAGAAACUGUAUUAAAGGGUCGCGGCACUAGGAAGGUUGAGAACCAAUGCAUUAGUCUGUGUUUAGCACUCGGUCUGUUAGCAUAUUGUUUUCGUGUGUGAUCGCCAGUUUUUAAAAAUUUUGUAUUCAGUAUUCAGACAAUAUUCAUAAUUUUUUUAUGUGCAAAGUGUAAUAACUUAUGCUAAAAUGUCUUCGAAAAAAAAAAACACAAGAAGACAAUCAUAAAAGAGAAAAAAUAACUGUUGAAAUGAAACGUAAAAUCAUUGAAAAGCGAGAACAAGGUGUGAGCGUGGCUAUUCGUGCUACAAAUUUAUUCACUGAUAAUGCUGUGACACAUUUUCGUCAAAUUUGGAAGCGUCUGCAAAAACAAAUGUCUUUAGAUAGUUUUCUAGUUAAAAAGGAUUAAUUAUUUGUCAUAAAUUCAUAUUUUUAUUCUUCCUUCUUCUAUAUCUUAAGGGCCCACGAUCAAUUUAUUGAUCAUUUUGGCUCCUAUGCAUGUAGAUGGGAUUUGCAAUGUUUCUGUUACUGGUGGUGAUGAGGAAAUUAUGCACUAGGGGUUUGAAGGCUUGAGGCAAUAGACACAAAUGUGUCUAGUGUUGUCGCCUCAACUGUUCCUUUUGAAAGAUGGUUCCAGUCCCUGAUUGUCUUGGGCAGGAAUGAGCAGCUCCUAUACUGGCUUCUUGCUGGUAUGAGCCUGAAUUGCCUGUCAUGGCCUCGUCGCUGUCUAUGGGGGAGAGGGACGAGUUUCUGUUUAAUACUGGAACAGUGGACCAGCCCAUUAUUUAUCUUGUACAUCAUGGAGAGCCUGGAUUGUCGUCGUCGUUUCUCCAAUGGUGACCAGCCUAGUGUUUCUAGCAUGCUGCCAACACUAGAGGUAUUCCUGUAGCGGUUUAGGACAAAGCGUGCUGCUCGUCGCUGGACCGCCUCCAACCUGUCAAUGCUCUUCUGGGUAAAUGGGUCCCAGACUGAAGAUGCAUAAUCUAAAAUCGGACGGAUAAAGGCUUUAUAUGCUCUUUCUUUCACACAGGAGUUGCCAAUCUUUAGAUUUCGCCUUAAGAACCCCAAGGCUUGGUUUGCUUGGUUUGCUUAUUUACGUUUUUUGUUUCAAAUCUGAAUUGUAUUCCAAGUUGUUACACUCCUUAACAAUUCAUAAGUAAUUUUAUUUGAAAAAAUGUUAAUAAAAAUCUUUUGAAAAAGUAGUAUUUUUUCAGCAUGGAAAGCAUUAUCAUAUUUUACAUCGAUUUGUAUGGGAAAAAUUGAUUCGUUUAACGAGCGUUUCGCUUAACGAGUAAGAGCCUGGAACGAAUUAAACUCGUUAUGAGAGGUUCCACUGUAAUGAUUUUAACUCUUUAUUUUUAAGAAUUUUUUUCUGCAAAUAGUAAAAAACUAUAAACAUUAUAUGGAUAUUAUAAAUGUGCUGGUAAAAUAGAUGUUGCUUAAAUAAUUUUUUUGUUGAAAAUUUUGUUUGCACAAAUAACUAUUUUUAUUUAUUUUAUAUAUAUAUAGCUGGUCAUCCUCUCAAAUUUAGCAAUGUAACAUUGUUAUGGGGUAGACUAAAUCUAAACAAAUAUUUGAAUAUCUCUUGUCUUUUUUUAAAUUUUAAAAUAAAGUGUCACAUAUUAUAAAAAAAAUAUUUUAAUUUAGAUAUGUCCCAUUAUCUUUCACAGGGUAAUUUUUCCUUACAGAAUUGUGUUAAAGUUUAAUUUUUAAAAGUUUUCAAUCGAAUUUGUAGAGGUGGAAAUAGCUUUAAAGAAAUCCAGUUUUUGUUGACAAAUAGCUGUUCAGGUGUAAGGAGAGAUUUUGUUUUUCAAGAAAAAAAAAUGGAAUAUUGCUUUAUUUAUACAGUGAUUUAUACUGAUAGGAUACACUUCCAUUAAUUAUACCAUUAUUUGUUUUAGAGCUAAUCCUAAAUAUUUUACCAAAAACUAUUAAAAAAGUAAUAGGUGUAUUUUUGAUAAAUAAAUGGUUUGGUGUUGUUUUUUCAGCGCGAACCAGAAAAGAAAAUCCCGAAAAAAUCUGCGAAGAAAAUAAUGUUUACAGAUUCACCGCUAAAGCCGGUAGUAAAGGUACAGAUUGUAAGAAUAUUUAUUUUUUGUGCAUGUUACUGUCAGAAGUUGUGAGCUGUUAUCCUAGUUUAAUAUUUGUAUGUAUAACUGCUGGCUGAUAAUAUGGGAUAGUCACUGAAUUUUUGGACAUUCCUAACGAGUUGCUAAAAGAUGAUUUUUUAUUUUCAUUUAGCCAUUAACUAAAUUUUGUGUCAAUCAUGUAUCGCUUCUAUCUGUGAUUUCUUUUCUUCACAGAUUGAUCCAACUUAUCGAAAAGUAGCGUGUGGCCUUACCAAAGAUCAGCUGGACAUGAUACAGUUGGCUAAAAAUUAUUUACAGGGGAAUUAA